UAAAACAACGUCAAGAUGACAUAAACAGCUUACAACAUUUUUUGUGAACAAUAUUUUUAUUAUGUUUUAGUUAAACGUACUAAUAAUGCCUAAAGAAUGUCCUAAACCUAUUACCUCAGGAGGUAAAGGAAAUCUUGGGAAGUUUAUAGAACGGGAUUCGAGGGUAUUUGCUGCUGGUGUCCCAACGGCUCAGGCAGACGAGAGUGUGAAAGACGCUUUGCAACAUUAUCUGCUCAAAGAUGAAGUUGACGCUCUAUUGAGUGACGCGAUCAUACCAACACCUAAACCACCUCCUCUCCCACCAUUACGUCAUCCAAUACCCUUAGAUAAGCGGCAUGGGGGCCUCUGUGGGCAAGUUCAUGCUCUUAUUAAUCCACCCACCAAAACAAAAUUUCAAAGCAUAGUAGAUGACUUAAAAGAAACUUCUUAUACAUCGUACUGGAACAAACCACUUGGAAGAGUGAAAGAUCCAGUUCCAAUGUUUCCGGCGGGGUAUGAUAUCGAAGGAACAACUUAUGGCAAAAAAUUGGAUACUACACAGCCACUAUACGAGUUUUUAUUCCCGAAAGAACCAAUACCUGAUAAAACACCUCACUCAAAACAGGCUGGCGUCCAGGUAGAUCAUAAAUAUUGCGCACCCCCUUUUAACAAAGACUUGACAUACGGACACCGUUCCUGUAUAGAUAAACGUGGUAUAUAUGCUCGGUGUUGUCUUACUGAUGAUGCAAUUAUGAACGGAAUAGCACAUAGGUUUAUACUCAAUUCAAUCGAAGCAAAUUACUUAGAUACUCAUCAUGCAAGAAUGGGCCAGGUACUAGCUCCGAACAAAAACAUUACUGCAGUUCCCAAAGACCACGCUUUUGGUAAGGUCUCUCCUUCCGAUAACUUACCAGAAUGUCUUACUUUCUGUGAGAUAAACAAAGGAUUGGAUUUCUUUAGAUCGUGUUUUAAGCAUCUGAAUACCGUACGAAAGGGCUUGUCUAAAAGGAUACUACCAAGUUUUUAUCGCAAGUUUUACUUUGAACUUAAAUAUUUUGAUAAAGAAAAGAUUGGCUGGCUACCGAAAGAAAUAGUGUAUAGAUUAUGUGGGGCCCAUUUAAUUCGAUUCGAUUACCACCUGAUAGAGCCUCUUUUAUCAACAUGGGGAGCAUUUGACGGUUCUAAAAUUAAGUAUGAAAUAUUAGUUCAAAUUUUUGAUUAUAGAGAACCUCUUCCUGAUGUCCCUAAAAUACCUGACGUAUCAGAAGAUUGUCUUGAUUUUCGAACUACUUAUUCUGAAAUGGUAAAACCAGGGCAGCCGCUGGAUACUAGACGAAUGGCUGGCUUACCCUCAGGUCGAUAUUUUGAUUUGAAUUACCCCAUAACCCCUGAUAGAAUGAGUAAAGCAGAUAUUAUUUGUCUUCCACAAGAGAAUGAUGCUAAAGCGUGUUUAUCACCAAGCGUGUUGACGCAUUUCUUUGUCUCGCAUCGAGAUAUGUUCCAAAAAAGAGAACCAGAUGUCGUUAGAAGAGUUUUUGAGGCGUCUGGAGAAAAGUUUACAGAUGAAGGAUUCAAUAGGAUUUGGGAAGAAGCUAAAAAACAUCAUUCAGAAGGUUGGGUCUGUUUCGAAACAUUUCGACAGGCAAUGGAAAACUAUACCGAGCAUAAGUGAAGAGAAACCAAAAGUUG